AUGGAGUUGUUGCUAUCAGAAUAUCUGACCUUCGGGAAUAUUAUUUUCUCUGUCGUUUUUUUGCUGAUUCUUAAUCAACUGAUUGAGCUUUAUCAGUUUAGAAGCAUGCCACCGGGACCUCGUUUGACAAGCUUGCCGUUAGUAGGAAAUUUGAUGAGCUUUGAUUCAGGGGAAAGUUUCAGUGAAGUAACAGCAAGGUUUGUCAGUUAAUGCUGUAAAAUUAGCGUUUCAAAGUAGAUAACUGCCUUAUCUACUUCUCAAUUUUUCUACCAACUAAACACUGUCUAACUAAAUCUGUUUGCUUGAUAGUGGUUUACUUUUAAAUUAAAAAAUCGAGCCGUUUUCUGGUCAUUUAUUAAUCUGUUUUGAUUAUUUUUAAACUGGGUCCUUUGCAGGCGAGUGACAUUAUUGUAAACAUGAAAUCAAUUACACCGAAGAAAGGAUCUGUUAUCCUUUCUUGCAUAUCUUUAGUUUGUGUGGUUAAUCGGUCGUCACACAACACAUAACUCACACACUGUGUUGCGGUAGUUUCUUGAUUCCAUCUCUUUUUUGCCUUUCUUAAACCUUAAAUAUUCCAUUUCUUUGUAGCAUGAGGGGAAAAUACGGCACAGUAUAUUCUAUGAAGGUUGGAAGUUUCAAACUCGUAGUUGCCGAAGAUCCAGCAUCAGUGAAGGAGGUGCUCGUCAAAAAAUCGGCUGAUUAUGCUGGAAGACCUCCGUUUCACAGCUAUAUGAUUGACUCACUUGGUAAAUUGUUUAACUUACAGAUUUGUUCUACUUAAUGGAAAUCUUUGAGAUAAAUCACCCCUGUUCGUUUGCUUCCUUGAUUGUUUGUUUGUUGUCACUGAGAUAUAAUAGAACUAAAAACAACAGAUGCCGCCUCUUACGAGCUUAAAUGGCCUAAGCACGACGACUUUUUCUUGCAGUAACGGUACUAGAUCUCAUUGUUAAUUCUCCUUAAUUUUUGUUUGUCAUAUAGUUAUUUGGAUGUUAGUUUGAAUGAUUUAAUAUUGGAUCAAUUAUAAUCUCCUAUUUGGCAUCUUUCCUCACUCUCAACACUUGUCUGCUUGAUAUUAUUGAGAGAUAUUCUGUUUUGGUCAUUCAUGGGAGUUAAAGGGUUAAAUGUACGAAACAGAGUUGUGUCAUCUGUAAGAUCCAAGUGUAACAUUUUUUCUAUUAUUCGUUCUUGCGUAAUUUGUUUUUCCUUUGCGUACGCAAAUUAGUUUAUACUUCUUUUCGUCCAUUUGUUUAGUCUUUUUUUUUGGCGUUAAUUUAGGUGUUUAUUCCUUUCUGUCAGUUUUCGCGCCCUCGUUAGCGUUUCUGUGUUGUUUCAUGUUCAUUAACGCCUUUCUUAGAUUCUAUAGUUUUAUUUUCCGCAUGUUCUAGCGUAUUUUUGAUAUCGUAGUUUUGCAGUACAGUUUGGGCAGUUCAUUUUGGUUCGCGCUUAGCGCAGUUCUGUUUUAGUUCCUUGCAAGUCUCUUCGCGUUAUUCGCAGUCCGCUUUCAGCAGUUUUCUCUGGCCGAAACAAUGUAAGUGUACUUCACAGUCCUCGUUUUGCAGUUUUGUUAUUUCCUUACUCUAAUUUACCUUAGUCGCAACUUGUAACUUUUUUGCUUUUUUACCGUUUUAGUUUCAACCCACGCUGUUUUUAUGCACACUCUUAGUACCAAGCACGUCGGCUUCAAUAAAUCUUCAUUCGAAUUUGGUUUGUGGUGUUGUUAUUAAAGGCCAGGAGACUUACACGCUUAUUGCAGUUUCAUCAUCUGUUGUUUCUUUACAAACUUAUAAAACAAGGUGCUUAAUUUUAAGCGCGGCAAAAAGCACCUCGUUGUACGUGUCCAAGUGACAAGACGCAAUCAUAUGAUUUUAUCUUUAGAGGAAUGGUGCCACCCUGUUUAAAUGCAUUGAACAGAGUAGUGCCAUAUGCUAAUUCACUAAUAACUUGUAAAAUAAAGAGAUACUUUGUUUAAAAUUUCUCUUCACGGCCAUAUCACUCUCUUCAGGUGGAAAGGAUAUUGCUUUGGGAAACUAUGGUCCAGCCUGGAGAUUUCAUCGUAAGCUCUUCAUGACGGCUAUCAGGCAGUACUUGUCCGAUCAAAAAUUGGUGGAAGAUAGGAUCUCCGAGCAGGUGACGAGGCUUAUGCAGUACUUUGAGGAUCAAAAUGAAAAUGACUUCGACCCUGGAAAGAUUUUCAUGGAGAGCGUUGCAAAUGUGAUAGGUCGAAUCACAUUCGGAAAGCACUUCGACUCGUCUCAUUCAGAUUUUGAGGAACUCUUUCAGUUGAAUAACCAGUAUUUUGCUGACACUGAAACAAGCAAUCAACUUUUUGUGUUAGAUUUCUUUCCGAUAACCAAGUACCUUCCGUUUCGCGCCUACAAAUCAGAGCAGAAAAUUUCGGACCGAAUGUUUGAAAUUCUCCGCCAGCAGUUAAAGAUUCAAGAAAGUGAGUUUGACCCAAAAGUAGAGAUUGGAAGUCUCAUCGGAAAUCUUCUGAAAGAGAGGAUUGCUGCGACGAAUGAGGUUGGUGCGGAGGAGAGAGCAUCCCUCCUAUCAGACGACUACAUAAUAAACACCGUGGGAGAUAUGUUUAGUGCUGGUUAUGAGACUACCAGUACGACCUUACGUUGGGCCAUUGCCUAUCUUGUCCACCAUCCUGAAUGCCAGAGGGAUGUGCAGAGUCAGCUGGACGACGUGGUCGGAAGAGAUCGCAUGCCAGGCCUGGAUGAUCGUCCAAAUCUUCCUCUUGUUUUGGCCACAAUUAUGGAAACAUUGCGCCUCGGAAAUGUUGCUGAGACAGUUCUUCCACAUUACACUCUGAGCGAUACUACAUUGGCCGGUUAUCGCGUUCCGAAGGAUACUGUUGUGAUGACCAACCUAAUGGCCGUCCAUCUUGAUCCAAGCCUUUGGGAGAAUCCAAAAUCAUUUGACCCUAGUCGCCAUAUUGACUCUGAUGGCCAACUUAUCACUAACUCUGGCAGUUUUCUGCCCUUCUCGGCUGGACGCCGGGUUUGUGCUGGCGAGGCCUUGGCAAAGGUGAGACUUAUUUCUCUUGUCUUUUAUGAUUACCUGAAUAAGUUGUUCUUAAUUUUAGUUCCCUUAAAGUAUUUGCGCAAAGAAAAUUUGUCCAAAAACGAUGUUUGUUGAAGUGUUUCUUAAUAGAAUCUUGUAAAGACCGCUUCACGAGACACAUUAUUAUUAUUAGUAGUAGUAGUAGUAUCAUUGAAUUAUUUCUUCAAAUACAUAUACAAAAUUUUUGUGCAUUUUUGUUUCUUUCUUUCAAGGUGGAGCUGUUCCUGUUCUUGUCCAGGAUGCUUCAUAGAUUCACAUUUCUGCCAUCGGAGGAUGGCAAUCUCCCGGAUCUGAAAGGAAAAUAUGGUCUGACUCGCUUUCCAGCCGCUUACAAAAUUAGGGUUGUAAAACGCCGGUAACAGGAUUUUAAGGAUAAACUAUUGGAGUGAAACAUAUACGCUUUUGAAUAGCCUUUGGCUAAACAUACAAACAAUAGAAAAUAAACAAUGGCAUUAGAAGCUAUGAUUUUUUUCCUCGAUCUUGCUAUCUCCAUCUUUCGUGAAAAUAAGAAUUAUUUUCAUUUAACUAGGUAAUUUCAUCCCAGUAGUGGUUUUUCUUGUUAGCGGUAAUUGAUAUAGUGCAUGCUUUGAAAAUCUUAGAUAAAAAUAGCCUUAAAUGAGGUUUGAAUACAGAACCUGUUUCCUUACGUAGUAAAUUUAGGAUACAGUUAUAAUUAAAAUAACGCAGAGGUCUAUUUUUUUUGCGAGUAAUAUCGUUAUUUAUUUUUUCGUUGUUGUACGACUGGCAUGUACUUUCUGAAAGGGAAAACAUUAACAACACCACUUGGGACAGAUUUUGAUCGCUUGACCCAUAAUCCCUUUUCAGGUAGUGAAUUGCAACAUUAACGCUUAAAAGAUUCCAUCAUCGCCGGGUUUUGCGCUCGUAUUUGACUAGUAGCCUCUUGGAAGUCUAAACGCUCUCCGUCUUCUCCUCCUGCCGUUUCUUUCACUCCAGCUUGGCCCAAUGAAUCGAUCAAUUGACCACCUUACAAUAUUGUAACAAAUACAUUACUAUUGAAAUACUUUGACAUUUGGCAUUAAGAGGGGCUUAAGAUGGUCGCGCAAAAUAUUUGCACAUUGCCCUAACCUAAGGUAACUGACCUGGGCUCACCUUCGGAUCAGACUUACUUAACACUCCGUGGUUGCUCGAUCCUUAAACGCUUCCAAUUUACCUGCUGGUAUCAGCACGGUAAAUUACGAAUACAGGAUCAACACGUCAUAUUUCAGACGUUGAUUUGAUUUGCCCCUAUAAUUGUCACGAAAUUUGUCACUCAGAUAGUCUUGCAAGUUCUCUGCGUCUGACAGUUAACGUGUCUACUACAACUUUUAUGUUCCCGCUCUCGAGCUUUGAUCAUACCUGGGACCUCGUACAGGAAAAGGUCUGUUCAAAUAAGAAAAAAAAAAUAAACAAAUAGAAUCCCUUGGCAUCCCGGUUAUAGAAACUUCUAAACAAAGCAACAAAGGUUGCUUUAAAUGAAUUAUGUACAUACAUCAGGUCCGCUAUAGGAGCAGCUGAAUAUUGUGCGUCGCCGACUCUUAUUAGAAUUGAUGCUCGAUAUCAAAAUUAGUGUUAUUGGCAAAAAACGCCGUGUUAGCCGCUUAUGGUAAAAAACGCCGUGUUAGCCGCUUAAGGCUCUCGUUUUUCAGAGUGCAAAAGUGUUCAAUAUCAACGAGGUGGUCUCACAUCAUUAAACGCAGCCAGGAGUUCUUCCUGUUAGAAUUUUUGACGUUCAAGAAUAUCUGUGUCGUUGUUGCUUUCUUGUUGAUUUUCAAUCAACUGAUUGAACUCUAUCAGUUCAGAAAUAUGCCACCGGGACCGUUUGUCAAGUUUGCCGUUGAUCGGAAUUUUACGAGCUUUGAUUAAGGAGAAAGUUUCGGGGAAAUAACAGCUAGGUUUAAUUGUUUACGAUUAUAAUACCUCUGGAGCAUUUAUCAUUGUUAACUACUCCAGCUGAUUUUUCCAAUCAUUUUUAGUUCUGUCCGCUAACAGCUCUUUGAAUUAAAAUUUUAACCAUUUCUAUGUCUUCUUUAUUGUUUUUUAGCUACAUAUUCGCUUGUUUCACUUUCUUGAUACUUCUUUUCCUCACCGUAUUGUUAGGUCUUUGAAAUUGUUACGGAUUCUUUUGCAAACAGUAGGACAGACAAAAUGGGUCCUUUACAAGAGAGUUGAAUAAAAUUUGUCGACUGAAUCAGAAAACACUGAACAAAGGAUUAAAUAUUUCAUGCAUAUAAGUACUUAUUGAAUUGUUUGGCUUCGUCAUGAAGCUACGCAAAUAAAUCAACUAACGCAGGCAUUAGGCAAAUUUCGGCUCGUCACAGAUUCUGGUAAUUAUUUUUUUUAAGGUGAAAGUUUCCUAUUCUACACUGUGUACAAAAAUUUGCAUUCUGGCGAGCAAUUUUAUCACAUAUUUUCUUUCUUCAUUUUUUCAACGAGACAGUCUCAAAGGUGACCUCAAAAGUGUCUAUUUAUUAUACAUCUGGUAUACAAGUCGGGCACCACAAGUAACGCUUUAUUUCACGUCUUUUAAAGCUAAUUUUUUUACAUACCUCAGAAUGCUCUGCUAACCAAACGCUGUUCUAUGAUUUCUAUGAAGUUCCAUGAAUGAGUUAUGAUUUUUUCUAAAAUGAAACUAACACAUAGCAAAAGUUCCGCAAACAUUCGCAAUUUUGAUCGUAACUCAAAAAACAGCUGCUGGACGUGUGUUGUGAUGAACGGACUAUCAUAAUCACUAAGCGUGAGUUCAGUCUCACCUCAUUUUCAUCUUACAAAAACCUGAUUUAAAUCUGCUCUUUUGAAAUCGCCUUUCGAGAUUAUGCACACUCAUUUACGAUUACGAAGUCAGUUCUGGUGCUCCAUGCCUUAAUCGAACGAUGACGUCAGUCCCAAGUAAAACAGAAAGUAAUGUAUGUUUAUUAUUCAGUUCCGGCAUUGAAACAAUUCAGUCGACCAUAUUAUGCGUGGGCUGUCUCCGUGAUGACUUAAUACGUCGUUUUUAUUUCUCAAGCACUAUUGGUUGGGAGAAUGGCAUGAGAGUCGUUUGACAAUCUCGUGAUUUAGAGAACAAACGUUUUUAAGAUAGACGAGUUUUGCUAUCUUUCAUCAUUCAUCCCAAGCCAUGGAGUUGUUGCUGUCGGAAUAUCUGACCUUCGGGAAUAUUGUUUUCGCUGUCGUUUUGUUACUGAUUCUCAAUCAACUGAUUGAGCUUUAUCAGUUUAGAAGCAUGCCACCGGGACCUCGUUUGACAAGCUUGCCGUUAGUAGGAAAUUUGAUGAGCUUUGAUUCAGGGGAAAGUUUCAGUGAAGUAACAGCAAGGUUUGUUUAUGCUGUAAUAAUCACUUUAGCGCUUCAAAGUAGGUAACUGCCUUAUUUACCUCUCAUAUUUUUUUACCAACUAAACACUGUCUAGCUACAUCUGCUUGCUUGAUAGUCGUUUACUUUAAAAUGCAAAAACCGAGCCGUUUUCUGGUCUUUUAUUAAUUUAUUUUGAUUAGUUUUAACUGGGUCCUUCGCAGGCGAGUGAUGUCAUUGUAAUACACUGAACAAAUGAUCUGUUAUCCUUUAUUGCAUAUCGUUAAGUUGAUGUGGUUAAUUGGUCGUCACACAACACACAGCUUACACACUGUAUUGCUUCACUAGGUAGUUUCUUGAUUUCCACCUCCUUUUUUGCCUUCUUAAACCUUAAAUAUUCCAUUUCUUUGUAGCAUGAGGGAAAAAUACGGCACAGUAUAUUCUAUGAAGGUUGGAAGUUUCAAACUCGUAGUUGCCGAAGAUCCAGCAUCUGUGAAGGAAGUACUCGUCAAAAAAUCGGCUGAUUAUGCUGGAAGACCUCCAUUUCACAGCUAUAUGAUAGAAACACUUGGUAAAUUGUUCAACGUACAGAUUUUUUCUUCUUAAUUACAAAUGUUUAUUACAAGAUCAAUCACCCAUGUUUAUUUGUUUCCUUGCCGUGUUUGUUUAUAGCUGUCGCUGAGCUAUAUUAGUAGUAAAAACGACAGAUACCGCGUCAUACGAGCUUAAAUGGUCCAAGCAGGAUGAGUUUUUCUUGCAGUAACGAUACUAGAUCUCAUUAGUUAUUCUCCUUAAUUGUUGUUUGCCAUACAGUUCUUUGGGUAUUAUUAUUGAAUAAUUUGGUAUCGGAUCAAUGAUAAUCUCCUAUUUGGCAUAUUAUCUUUCUUUAUUCCCAUUACAUUUCUGCUUGGUAUUGUUGGGAGAAAUUCUGUCUCGGUCACCCUUGGGAGUCAAAGGGUUAAAUACGCUAAUAAGAGUUGUGUCAACUGUUGUUAUUUGACAAACUUGUAAAACAAGAUGCUUAAUUUUAAGCGCGGCACAAAGCGCCUCGUUGUACGUAUCCGAAUGACAAAACACAACUAUUUCAUCUUUAGAGUAAUGGUGCUAGUCUGUUUAAAUGCAUUAAACAGAGUAGUGCCAUAUGCUAAUUCACCAAGAACUUGUAAAAUUAAGAGAUACUUUUGUUUAGAAUUUCUCUUCACGGCUUUAUGACUCUCUACAGGUGGAAAGGAUAUUGCUUUGGGAAACUAUGGUCCAGCCUGGAGAUUUCAUCGUAAGCUCUUUAUGACGGCUGUCAGGCAGUACUUGUCCGAUCAAAAAUUGGUGGAAGAUAGGAUCUCCGAGCAGGCGACGAGUCUUAUGCAGUACUUUGAAGAUCAAAAUGGAAAUGACUUCGACCCUGGAAAGAUUUUCAUGGAGAGCGUUGCAAAUGUGAUAUGUCGAAUCACAUUCGGAAAGCACUUCGACUCGUCUCAUCCAGAUUUUGAGGAACUCUUGCAGUUGAAUAACGAGGCUUUUACCGACAUUGAAGCAAGCAAUCAACUUUUUGUAUUAGAUUUCUUUCCGAUUGCAAAGUACCUUCCAUUUCGUGCCUACAAAUUAGUGCAGAAAAGUACGGACCGAAUCUUUGAAAUUCUCCGCCAGCAGUUAAAGAUUCAGGAAAAUGAGUUCGACCCAAACGCGGAGAUCGGAAGUCUCGUCGAAGGUCUUCUGAAAGAGAGGAGUGCUGCUGCGAAUGAGGUUGGUGCGGAGGAGAGAGCAUCCAUCCUAUCAGACGACUACAUGAUCAAUAGCAUGGGAGACAUGUUUAGUGCUGGCUAUGAGACUACUAGUACGACCCUACGUUGGGCCAUUGCCUAUCUUGUCCACCAUCCUGAAUGCCAGAGGGAUGUACAGAGUCAGCUGGACGAAGUUGUUGGAAGAGAUCGCAUGCCAGGCCUAGAUGAUCGUCCAAAACUUCCUCUAGUUUUGGCCACAAUUAUGGAAACAUUGCGCCUCGGAAAUGUUGCUGAGGUAGCUAUUCCACAUUACACUCUAAGUGAUACUACACUGGCCGGUUAUCGCGUUCCGAAGGAUACCGUUGUGAUGACCAACCUAAUGGCCGUUCAUCUUGAUCCAAGCCUUUGGGAGAACCCAAACUCAUUCGACCCUCGUCGCCAUAUUGACUCUGAUGGCCAACUUAUCACCAACUCUGGCAAUUUUCUGCCCUUCUCAGCUGGACGCCGGGUUUGUGCUGGCGAGGCCUUGGCAAAGGUAAGACCUUCUUCCCAUGUCUAUAUGCAUCAUUUGGAUAUGUUAUUUUUAAUUGUAAUUACCCCCUAAGAAUUUAUACAAAGAAAAUUUGUCCAAAAACGAUGUUUGUUGAAAUGCUUCUUAAUAGAAUCUUGUAAAGACCGCUUCUCAAGACACAUUAUUUUUAUUAUUAUUAUUAUUAUUAUUAUUGUUAUUAUUAUAAAUAUUAUUAUUAUCUUUAUUAUAAACAUCAUUUCAUUAUUUUAUCAAAUACAAAUACAAAAGUUUUGUAUAUUGUUUUCUUUCGUUUCACGCCAGGUGGAGCUGUUCCUGUUCUUGUCCUGGAUGCUACAUAAAUUUACAUUUCUGCCAUCAGAGGAUGGCAAUCUCCCGGAUCUUAAAGGAGAAAGUGGUUUCACUCGCUUUCCAGCUGCUUACAAAAUUAGGGUAGUAAAACGCCAGUAAUAGGAUUUCAAGGGUGAGCUAUUGGUAUAACACAUAUACGCUUUUAAAUGACCUUUGGCUAGACAAACAAUUAAUGGAAAAUAAACAAUUACUUUGGAACCUAUGAUUUUUUUCCUCGAUCUUGGUAUCUCCAUCUUUAAUUUCGUAAAAAUAAGAGUUAUUUUAUUUAACUCGGUAAUUUCAUCCCAGAAGUAAUUUAUCUUGUAAGCGGUAAUUGAUAUUGUGCAUGCUUUGAAAAUCUUAGAUAUAAAUAGCCUUUAAUGAUAUGUUUAAAUACAGAACGUUCAUGACAUUUACAACUCAUGUGUUAUUUCUGAUUUUUGUGGAUACUUAAUUCCAUUCUUAGAUACUAGUUGCACCCUACUUCAAGCUGGGGAAACUGACCCGGCCAGCUCCUUUUUAUCAAAGGAGAUCAAUUCUUUUCGCAUCAUACACAGGCCGUCAAACACUUAUCAAUUGACACCCAAAAAGUUUUGUGAGUUUAAUGUCUUUGAACUACAUCAUUUGCCUGAAAAGAUUCCGACACAACUUUCGGUAAACUUUUAAAUAGCGUGUUAUUUUAGAUUACGUUAUAACCCUUUAUCAGUAUACAUAUUGUCGACGCUGGUCUCUGUACAUUUUAAUCCGAAGGUGCUGACAAAGAGAAUAUGUUCAACAGUCAAUAUACUCUUUAGUUGAUGGUCCAUUUCUUUUUCUUAUGACCUCAUAAUGUGUGAUUCAGGGCUGAUAUUGUAAGGAGAAAUUGAAUACUAGUCACUCCUAAGGUUCAAGGGGUUGAACUACUUGCCAACUAAAUUUUGUCAAAUGUCUUAUUGCGUUACGUUCUUUGCUUGCAAAGCUCACCCAGCACACACGUUCUAAUGCG